GCUGGUGGUAUACACCCAAGAAUUCCUGUUGAUGAGGUUUCUGCUGGCCCAAGUGCUCCUUCAAGCAGGCCGGUUGUGUCCGUCGAAGAUGAGGUGAGCCCACAAGCAGAAGAACAGGUGAUUGAGGAGGAGCUGGUGUCAGAAUGCAGAGAACAAGCGCAGAUAAAUGACCCAGAUGUUUUUGAAGACCUUCCUGAAUUAGAAUGUAUCACAUCUGAAGACAUGUCAGGAAGCGUUAUAAAUGAUCCAUCAGAAAUAUCUUUUAGUCUUCCUCCUGCAUGCUCCAUAGCAGAAAAAAUUAAUUUUGUUGAAAAACACCCUUUUCAGCCAACCAGGACUGAAUGCGCAGAUCUUCCUUUUCAAGAAGCAGACUUUUAUUACCGCAAAAAGUCUAAUGGGGAUCGUAUUAAGCGUACAUGGCUGAGUUGCAAGAUAAAGGAUCGAAAGUUAGAAGCAUUUUUUUGCAGCAUAUGCAUUGCCUUUUCUAAUUCCUCUUCCUCGUUCACUAGUGGUUGUUCUAAUUUUCGCCAUUGCUAUCAGGCAGCAAAUAAGCACGAAUCUUCAAAAAGUCAUUCUGAUGCUGUUAGUGCUUAUUUUACCAUGAAAACGAAUAGAAGCAUUGACACGUUAUUAAAUCAGGCUCAAGUCUCCAGAAGAAAGAAGGAGAUACUACAAAAUAUUGAGGUAUUAAACCGUAUAUUUAAUAUUGUAAAACUCCUCGGAAAACAGGGAUUGCCAUUUCGUGCCCAUGGCACUAAUGAAUCGCUGUACAAUUUAAAUAACAUUGAAAUAAACCACGGGAACUUUCUGGAAAUUGUCCUACUUCUAUCACAGUAUGAUAUUCCUCUUAAAAAUCACCUUGAUAAAUGUGUUCAGGACAGUGAAAAAAGAAAACAGCGAUUGAAAGACAGAAAAACAUCAGGAAAACAUUCAACUGGACGUGGAUCUCUUGUGACAUUUUUGUCCAAUAAUACAAUAAAGAAAGUAUUUGCAGCAAUAGUUCGAAGCAUGAAAAACUUAAUUGUGUCUGAAAUCGGAGAGAAACGAUUCAGUAUACAGGUUGACUCCACACAAGAUGUUGGAAUUGUAGAUCAAGCAACAGUAGUUGUGAGAUAUGUGCAAGAUGAAGCCAUUAAAGAACGGCUUGUGGCGAUUCUCCCUGUUAAAGACGCUACAGGAAAAGGAUUUCACGAACUUCUAAUGUACUGUUUUGAUAUGCUUGGAUUAGAUUUCCAAAGAAUUGCUGGUGAAUCAUUUGAUGGUGCAGCAAAUAUGAGGAGUGCGUAUGUGGGACUACGUGCACAGAUUGCAAAGGUAGUGCCAGAUGCGGUUUAUAUUUGGUGCUAUAGUCAUAUCCUUAACCUGUGUGUCUCAGAUUGCUGUCAAGUAUUGGAAGCCAAAAUUUUUUUGGUCUCCUAAAUCGCUUGGCAACCUUUAUUGGAGACUCACACAAAAGAAUGAAUAUCUGGAAAGACCAACUGGAUAGAAGACAUGGACAGGAAAAACUUUUAAAGUUACAAAAAAUUGGAGAGACAAGAUGGUGGGCAAAAGAAAAAGCCCUUAACUGGAUUUUUGGUGAAAAACAUUCUCUUUAUUUUGACACCCUUGAAGUUUUAUAUGUAAUUUCCCAGAGUAACUUGUUUGAAUCAAAAACCACUUCUGAGGCCUCAUCCCUUUUUCACAAUCUUUGUCAGUUUAGGAUUAUCCUAACAGCAAACAUAUUUUUACAGGUUUUUGAUGUUAUAGGGCCAGUGUCAAAGUAUCUACAAACCAGUGGCCUUGACUUCAAGGUAGCAUGGCAAAUGGUCGAACGUGCAGUGGAGCAACUGAAGAAAAUUGAUUUCAACAAUCUAAAACAAAAGGCUGAACACUUUGCAAUAAAAACAAACGAGUUAAUGGAUGAAAGUGAUGUUCUCAACUCCUUGGAAGUCGAGACUAUGCUUCCAGUUCGAAGAGUGGCACGAAAGAAACGCUUGGCUGGAGAAUCUUCACAUGAUGAACGGCCUGAAGAUGAAAUGCAAUGUUUUCGAGCUAGUGUGUUCAGACCAAUUCUGGACCAAAUCAUACAAAGCAUGACGGAGAGAUUUUCAGAAAAUAAGCAAUUGGUCAUGGAUUCCCACUACUUGGAUCCUCGCACUUUUCAGAAAAUUAGGACAGAUCCCAAAGUGCUAGAUGGAGGGGCACUAGAGAGAAUUUCUAAGUUAGCCAAAGUAAAUGAAUGUUCUCUCAAAACUGAAUUAAUAAGUUUUGCCAACUUAUUUCCAAGUCUUACAGGAUGUCUUUCUGAAGAUGAGACACAGAAAGUGGAAAUAAUUAUUGAUGAGGAGGAGGAGGAAGAGGAGGAGGAGAUUGACUGGAUUCCACCUACUGACAAACUAGUUGAGGUACAAAAGGAAUCAAAGUGUGGUUCUUGCAAGCAGUGCUUUCUUUGCUGCCACAGGUUGUUGAUAAAAUACAACCUUUAUUCUGCAGCUUAUGAAAAUCUUUCUAUCACCUAUGAGUACCUGUUGACCCUUUCUUUUACACAAGUGUCAUGUGAGAGAGCAUUCAACAAGCUUAAACUCAUCAAGACCCGACUGCGAGCCACAAUGGGACAAGAACUGCUUGAUGCUCUAAUGCUCAUGUCAGUGGAGAGAGAUCUUCUGGAACAGGUUCAGUUUCCAGAUGUAUUGGAAAUUAUUCGUCAAAGUUCUACCUUGAUGAGGUCUUUGCUAACCGUUUGA